AUGGUUGUACUUACGAUUGUCGCGCAAAAUAACGGAGAAACUGUGUACUUCGAGGAGCCGAUCCCGAAGAGUCCUUGCUCCAGUGAUCCUUGUAUGAACCAAGCAACAUGUGUGGCCAAAUACGAGAAAAACGACUACCUGUGCGCAUGUGCUGCAGGAUAUCUUGGGAAACACUGCGAAAUAGGAUCAUGUGAUAUUUAUCUCGCUCUGCAAUCAGGUCCACCGCUUGACUGCCAAGAUACAAAGAAUCAAGGGCUUUCUCGGGGCGAUGGAUUGUACUGGCUGGACCCGGAUGCAGGAAGCCAUUCAAAUGCAUUCCUGGCAUACUGUGACAUGACGUCAUACAAUGGAGGAUGGACCAUGUGUUACACUACUGAUGAAUAUGCCAAACCCAAGACUGAAGUCACAUACAGCGCUCAGUUUCCUUAUGGAAGUGACGGCUACAGGACAGACUGUAACGACAUCGCUUUUACAGAAAUUAUCUUCGUUGAUCAUCAAACUGGAAACAAGGCCUACUUUAAGAGACGUAUGAACCAGCCCCUGACGGCCGCUGCGAACUAUGGGAAGACUGCUAGUACCUAUGGAUUGUGGGAUGGUGUGGGAGCUAGCGCCGCAUACUCUUACCAGUUGUUGAUCUGCGAUAGUUCGACACCUUACGCCGGUUUUUUCAUUUCCGGAUACACGAGUAACUGUUACAAAGAGUGUCCAAAUUGGUGCGUGGACAUUUUUUCCCCAUACUUCCGCACAGCGUCCACUAAUUGGAAUUUCAGAGGCGUGGCCUUUAACACCAAUGGUUAUUUUCCCAAUGUCCCCGGUAACAGGCUUAUUAGUAUCGGUCUGCGCUGAGGUAGCGUCCAAACUACGCCGGAGAAAUUUGAAAACGCAGCUUUAUUUCUACCGUUAGGCUUACCGUCUACACUAAUUCGUCACAAAAAAGGAGCUUUUUGAAAACGCUGUUUAAACAGGAAGAAUCUGAAAACUCGUUUUCAUGUGAACUGAAAACAUUUACUGUGGAAACAGAGUUUUUCGAAAACGAGGACGUCACGAUAAUCAUAUGAUUUUCCUGACCGA